CUCUACUUCCUUUACUCCCAGCCUGUCUUUUUAUACCUUCAAGGGAGCACAGUGUCCCCCUCCCUGAUUCAUCAUCCACAGCCAAGGACGUGAGUCAUAGUCACUCAUCUUCUUAGUCUGUCUUAUCCGCUUAUCAGACAAUCCGGUACAUUCGUCUGCUCCUCUGUCAUCUCUAAACUACUACACAUAUACUCUUUGAUACCCUAAUACCCCUCGUUCAUCCAUUCAUUAUGUCUGCAGACCAAUUGCUCUGUCAGAUUAGCCAAACUACACCCGAUGAGGAGUGGUUCGACUUCAACAACUCUUUUGAUAUCCCCUCCGGCUGUCUGGACAGCAAUGCGACCUCGAUUGAUUCGGUCUCGCCGAGGGACUUCGACUUAGCAUUCCCUGACUUGGGCGAAUGCAACUGGGGUGCCACUCCCACGGCUUGUCCCGAAAACCUGUUCUCGGAGUUCGUGAGCUAUGACGGCCCAUACGAGACGUACCCAGGCCUGUCAUUGAAUGGCCCGCAAAUAGGCCUGAGCGCAAAUGAUGCCAUCCAACCACUUCCCACCCUCUCAGACCAAGAGCUCGCCGGUUUAACGUUCGAUGAUGCGUGGCCCCAAGAAGCAACCUACCCUGAAGACCCCUUCUACGCGAGCAUCCGACAAAUGGUUGAGGCUCAAGCCAUGGCCGACUCGGGUUGUUCCACGCUCAAAGAGAAGAGACGAGAUGCGUCUAUUGCUAUCCACUUGCAGCGCUUACAGGAGGCCUCAUCUUCCGAGUUUGUCCCGUCGACUUCCAGCUCCACGUUCCCCUCUCCCUGUUGGUCGGGCUCCGCACAAAGCAGCACUGGCUCGUGUGCGACCCCCGCCAAUGGCUCGUCGCCAGACAUGAGUGAGAAGGACCAAGUAACGACGCCGCAGGCUUCGCCUUCUAGUGGCGCCAUGGAGCUGGUGCUCGACCUGAACAUGAAUACAACGACGAACGUGCCUAAGAAACAGAAGCCCAGAUCGAAAGCUCAGAAGGAGAGCUACAUCAAGGUCCGGAAAUACGGAGCCUGUGAGAAGCAUCGAAAACAGCACAAGCGAUGCAAUUGCCUCGAGAAGGCGGCUGCUCUAGGCCUGGCGAACGGCUCGUUUGUUUCCUCCACCCAUGCGGUGGCCCAGUCGGCGACGAACACCCAAGUACACAUCCAUGGACGCGGCAAUGAGCGCCACAUAAGCUGGAAGCAGGCGAACAUCUCGCCCACGCUACAACCAACCGGACUCCACGGAGUAGAGCCGGCCACUGCACGCUCACAGGUGCAACUGCCGCAUGCGCUACGUCCAUCAAAGGUCAGCGUCCUUGUAACUCAGAAGGAUCAAACUCUGCGGGCAACGACCCGACAUCCUGUGCGCCCUUCAACUACAGGGCAGCCGGACUCUCUAGUCCAUCGACCUCCACAGCCAGCAGCACUUUGCCGCAGCGGCGACCAGGCGGCUGCAACGUCGAACAGGAAGCACUUCCAAUCGGAUGGCAGUGCAAUCCGCACCCCAGGUCUCGGUCAAUACCUGCAACUAUACAACCUACGCCCAGACCAGGGGCUACGUCCCGACCAUGGCAUGCGCCCCGACCAUGGCAUACGCCCCGAUCAUGGCUUACGCCCCGAUCACGGUGUACGCCCCGACCAUGGUCUACGCCCCCACCCCCGACAGAGCCUGACCAUCGAGGUCUCCCGCGGCGCUGUAUCCGGUGGAGGCUGCGAUCAAACCCGAGACAAGACCCAUGUCAACACUCAACCAGUGAACAGUGGCUGCCACACGACCCGCACCCCGCUGUCAAGAAACAGGCGUGGCACGUCGGAUACGCAGCCAAGCGUGACCCAACUACCAACCGUCGCCCAAUACACUGGCUCUGUAUUUGUACAGAAUCCGUCUGCGCUCACGCGCUUUGUCGACUUUGGGAACAUGGUUGUUUCCUGGUUGGGCUCCUCUUUCGGCAAGUUUGCAGUUUCCACAUUGAGGAAACAUUGGCUCGUCCGCAAGGACAUAGGCUUUUGGUGAUCGAGAUCGUCAAUCUUAUAUGCCAAUAUUUAACGUUGUGUUUGGUUUGCGCGGAAGAUACCAUAUACCUGUUUGAUUGCAUGUUGUAUAAUGUUGGGUUGUGUUUUCGGGUCUGGUGACUGGUAGGAAAAGCUAGUUUCAUAAUUUCGGCUGGGGGUGAAUGGCAUUACUGCUGUUUUGAUCUGA